GCACGCUGGCUGUCGGCUUAACUUUGCCGCCGGAGUUGCCGGGGUGGGGAGCCGGCGGUGCGGGGGUCCCCCGCAGUGCUGGAGGGUGGCACCGACUGCUGCUGCUGCUUCCAGAGCAUCCCGGAGCAGAGUUAAACGUGUCCCGGCAGUUUUCACGCCUCUUGCUUGCGUAGCUUGGAGACGGUGCUGUAGAAAACUGCAGGAACAGAGCGAGGAGCGUGCUGCAGUCCCGGUUGCUCGUUUUUCUUCCCCAAACCUGCCGGCCAGCCUGUGCCAAUCGUACCUGUUCGCUUGAGUCGUUUUCUCAAGGGCGAAGCCACAAAACCAGUUGUAAGUGCCCGGCGACCGGAGGAGACGUUUGGUCGGACUCUCCUGCUCUUCUUGCGCUUGAGAAAGGUCGAGAACUUGCAGACGGGGCCACCUGCGAUGUUGUUGGUGUGCGCUGAGAUCAGCAGCGUGGGUUAGGCUCCGGGCUGGCCCGUGUUCUCAGGCUCGGACUGCUCCGGGAGCUGCUCCCUUCCUUUCUGCUGUGCUGUCAUCCCUGCCGUGGUGUUAAUAGGCCUUUGUAUCCCUCCGUGUCUGCUUUUGAGGGGUGCAGUUCUAGCUGUUGUUCAAAGGUUAAUUUCCAGUAAUGGCCACAGCGUUACCUUGGGCGGUUUGGAUUGGUUUGGUUUUGGUUUUUUUUACGUUUGCGAGGUGAGUUGGUUAACUCAAUCUUUUGGAAAACCCAUGGUUUAAAUCAUUCUUAGUAGGUUAUCCAUCUCAUGGAGCAGCUAGCUGAAUCAAGUGAUCUGAUAGCCGGGUGAUCACCAGAUCUUUGUAAGAGGAGGGUGCUGGAAGAUGCCCUCGGAGGAGGGGAGAGGGUGUAGUCCGAGCUAUUUUGUGCGGGAAUAGCCUGUGUUUGGAUCGGAUUACACUAACAUGGAGCUGCAUCCUUAGAUGAACUUGCCUGGGGAAAUACUGCGCCUUUUCACUUUUGUGUUUGGAAAGGGUUUUGCUGGAUAACCCUGCUUGCUGUGAGUGACUUAAAAUUCUUACCACCCUUCCGCAAAGGGAGAGAGUACACUUCUCUAUCCAUGACCCCCAAAGGUCUUUUGGCUACACAGAGACCAAAAUUUUUUGAUGCCUCUCAUCCCAGAGGUGUUUCGGUAGGAUUCUGUUUGUGCUAGGACCUGAUUUUAAGAUCUCGAUCAAUGUGGAACUCUCAGAAAUGCUGGAAAUCUUAAGAAUCGAUGAUGCUGUUUACUGAGGAAGCACAGAUUGGUGGAGCGGAGCACCAAGUCAGAAGCCAGGUUUCUCCUUCUGGUGCAGCUGUUGAGGGUCUGGAGUCCCUCUCAGCCUGAGCUCCUGGGAUCCUGUCACCAUGGAGACUGAAAGUGAGCAGAACUCCAGCUCCACCAGCGGGAGCUCCAGUUCUGGAGGAAGCACCCGUCCUCAGAUAUCGCAGAUGUCUCUCUAUGAGCGACAGGCAGUACAGGCCCUGCAGGCACUCCAGAGACAGCCCAAUGCAGCCCAGUACUUUCAUCAGUUUAUGCUCCAGCAGCAGCUUAACAGUGCCCAGCUUCACAGCCUGGCUGCUGUCCAGCAGGCUACAAUUGCAGCCAGCAGACAGGCCAGCUCCCCCAACACCAGCACCCCGCAACAGACCACCACCACCCAGGCCUCUAUCAACCUAGCCACCACAUCAGCUGCUCAGCUGAUCAGUCGGUCACAGAGCGUGAGUUCCCCCAGCGCCACAACCCUGACGCAGUCUGUGCUCCUUGGGAAUACCACCUCACCACCUCUCAACCAGUCACAGGCCCAGAUGUAUCUCCGGCCCCAGCUGGGGAACCUGUUGCAGGUAAACCGGACCUUGGGCCGCAAUGUGCCUCUUGCCUCCCAACUCAUCCUGAUGCCCAACGGGGCUGUGGCCGCUGUCCAGCAGGAGGUACCACCCACUCAGUCUCCUGGGGUCCAUGCAGACACAGACCAGGUGCAGAACUUGGCCGUGAGGAGCCAGCAGACCUCGGCCACUAACGCCCAGCUCCAAGGCUCCGCUCAGAAGGCAGCUCUGCCAGGAAGCUCCCAGGCUUCGGGCUUACCGCAGGCCACCAGCACGGGCCAGACCUUGGCAGUGGCUCAGGCUUCCUCCGGCAGCGCAGGCCAGUCCCUCAACUUGAGCCAGGGGUCAGCAGGCAGCAACGGUGUCUCCGGAGGGGUGGUGGCAAGUGGUGGGAGCCAGACCUCAACGGGAUUGAGCCAGACCUCCUCGGCAGGCACCGCUGGCAGUUGCCAAAGGAAAGGCACGGGGGUGGUUCAGCCAUUACCGGUAGCAGCUGCCCAGGCCGUGACCGUCAGCCAGGGAAGCCAGACGGAGACAGAGAAUGCAGCCACAAAGAAGGGUGAAACGGACAGUGGCGGACAGCAAACGGUGGGCAUGAACCUGACCAGGACUGCUACACCAGCACCCAGCCAGACGUUGAUCAGCUCAGCCACCUAUACACAGAUCCAGCCACACUCGCUGAUCCAGCAGCAGCAGCAGAUCCACCUGCAGAAGCAGGUGGUGAUCCAGCAGCAGAUCGCCAUUCAUCACCAGCAGCAGUUCCAGCACCGCCAGUCCCAGCUCCUCCACACAGCCACCCAUCUCCAGCUGGCCCAACAGCAGCAACAGCAGCAAGCACCAUCUCUGACCCAACAGCAGCAGCAAGCUCAACCUCCGCAGCAGCAGGCUCCACCUCAAAACCAGCAGCAGGCUCAGACCCUCGUGGUGCAGCCUAUGUUGCAGUCCCAGCCACAGCCUGUGCAGCUCCAGCAGGACAGUUCUUGCCAGCCAGCCACCAAGUCACCUGUUCCAAUACAGUCAAAAUCUCUGGUCACCCCCAUCAAACCACCUCAGCUUGGGCCUGCCAAAAUGUCAGCAGCCCAGCAGCCUCCACCACACAUCCCAGUACAGGUGGUGGGUACUCGGCAGCAGGGCUCAGGCCAAGCCCAAGCACUGGGUUUGGCUCAGAUUGCUGCAGCUGUGCCGACAUCCCGGGGAAUGCCAGCUGUGGUCCAGCCUGUUUCCCAAGCCCAUGCUGCUUCCCCGUCAUCAUCUACAGCUCCAGCAUCCUCACAGGAAGCUCCUCCUCUCACCACAGGGGUGAAUUUGGCACAAGUUCAAGGCACAGCCCACAUGGUGAAGAGCCCAGCCUCCUCUCCAGUUGUGGCUCAGAUGCCAGCAGCAUUCUACAUGCAGUCUGUCCAGUUGCCAGGCAAGUCUCAGACCUUAGCGGUAAAGCGGAAGGCAGAGUCAGAGGAGGAGAAGGAGGAGUCGCCCAGUGUCACUGCACUGCUGCCUGCCAGGUCCUCUCCUGUGACAGACAGCCCCAAAAACAUGGAGGAGAAGAGUGGCCUUGGAGAUAAAUCUGAUUCUGCUGCCAUUGCAACCUCAAAUACCCCCUCAAAUGAAGGAGCAUCAGUCACCCCCACCUCUGCUCCCACCCCAAACCUGGCAAUGGUGUCACGUCAGAUGGGAGACUCCAAACCCCCACAAGCCAUCGUCAAGCCCCAGAUCCUCACACACAUCAUUGAAGGCUUUGUCAUCCAGGAAGGAGCAGAGCCCUUUCCGGUGGGUUGUUCUCAGCUGCUGAAAGAAUCUGAGAAACCGCUGCAGGGAGAGGCUCCUUCUGGCCAGAGCGAAAACCUGUCCAGCAAUUCUCCGGGAGGGGACAGUGCUUCUAUGGAGCUUGAUAAGAAAGCAAACUUGCUGAAGUGUGAAUACUGUGGGAAGUAUGCCCCAGCAACCCAGUUCCGUGGUUCCAAGAGGUUCUGUUCCAUGACCUGUGCUAAAAGGUACAAUGUCAGCUGCAGCCAUCAGUUUCGGCUGCAGAGGAAGAAGAUGAAGGAAUUCCAGGAAGCUAACUAUGCUCGUGUACGCCGACGGGGACCACGGCGCAGCAGCUCUGAAAUUGCUCGAACAAAGAUCCAGGGCAAGCGCCACAGGGGCCAGGAAGACUCAAGUCGAGGCUCUGAUAACUCCAGCUAUGAUGAAGCUUUGUCCCCUACAUCUCCAGGACCCCUGUCAGUAAGGGCCAGUCACGGAGAGAGGGACCUGGCAAACUCUAGCAUGGCCCCACCUACCCCAGAUCUACAUGGCAUCAACCCUGUCUUCCUGUCCAGCAAUCCCAGUCGUUGGAGUGUGGAGGAAGUGUAUGAGUUCAUUGCAUCACUGCAAGGGUGCCAGGAGAUUGCUGAGGAGUUUCGGUCACAGGAAAUUGAUGGCCAGGCCCUGUUGCUUCUGAAGGAGGAACACCUCAUGAGUGCCAUGAACAUCAAGCUGGGACCAGCUCUCAAGAUCUGUGCCAAGAUCAAUGUCCUCAAGGAGACCUAACAGCUCUGAAGCCAGAGGUCUCACUUUUGCUCUGACCCCAGGGCAGCUGCCAGCUUUGGAGCAUCCUGCUGGGGCAGGGAAGAAUGGGACAGUCCCCUGUGGUCUUGCAUUCAAGAAGAAUGAGAAGGAAUUUAACUGAUUGAAACUGCCAUGCACAAGCCCAUGUCUUGGUCUCUUAAUGGUGCUACAAGGGGGAGGAAAACUCCCACCUGGGGCCUUGAAACAUCUUUCCUUCUUCCUGAUUUUGAAUAUGCCUCUCCCGUAUACCCCAUAAAGAUGUGAAGGGGACCUCUUUCUGUCUUAGCAGACUUCUGAAAGGGAACUGCCUUUGCCCCUUUUUGCUACAGCAGGUCUGCUAGAUAUUAGUUUUGAAUCUCACUGUGCCAGAACUUGAGGCAUAGGAAGAGCCGGCCCCACAUGGACUUUGGGAGCAGCUGUGCUUGGGGCAUUUAGGAAGGGGAACUAGUAAAUUCCAAGUGACAGAGGUGGACAAACCAGGAAUUUGAGCAAAAGGGGCUGCUGCUGUUCCACUCUUAAAAAAAUACCUGGGCUGCUCAUGAACAGGGUUUAAUAGCCAUUCUAGCAUGCAUACCAAACUUGAAGGCCCAUGGCAAAAGGAGCUGCCUUAGCUUUACUAUCUCCUGUAGAGAUGCGGAGUGAAGACAAAGUGUUGUGGCAGCUAUUCACUCCAGAUGCUCCUCUCUGAACCAGUCAGAGGAGGAUUUAUCCUGAGUACUUAUGACAAGGUGAUGGGAAAAUCAAUGGGAUGGGGGAUUGUCUUGCAUUAGGGAACCCUGCAGCACUAGGUUUGUCUCCCUAUUGUGCUAGGGCAUAAUUUACAGAUCCAAAGCAGUCUCCAGAAGCGCCAAGGCUCUUCAUAAAAUGGGCUGAGGUUUUGGGUUUUUUGUGUUCUCUUAUCAGUUUGUAUUAUUUUUGUGUCUGUCGUCAUUAUCCUCAGGAGAGCUUAUGGGACAAAGUUUAAGCUGGCAGAAUUGUUAUCGCCUGCCUCAGGCUUUUUUUUUUUUUUUUUUGGUGUAAACCAAAUAUUUCUUUUCCUCAGUUAAAAAAAACAAACCACCAAAACACACCCUCCAACAACUGAAUACUAAUCUUUGAAUGCUACUUCUCCUUUCUAAGGGGUAGCAUUCUGUUAUAGGCUGAGUCUCUCCCUUUCAGCCUCUCCAGGUCUGGGUUUUUUUGUAAGCAUCAAAUGUGGUAUUCUGAAGUUUUGUAACCAGAUUGCCAAAGGUGAAAACCUGGGCAGAAUUCUGCUCUUCCAGAAGCACCUCUGCUUCAAACAGGCAAAAACACCUGAAGAAAUUACACAAAGCAUGAAGAGGUAAGUGCCCCCUAGAGCCAAAUACCUGAAUGCAAAAUGAUUGUAUAAACCAUGUGUCUCAGCUUUUCUGUUUUCAGAAGUUUCAUGUGAAUAUUUGAGUGAAACAUUAAGAUCAAUCUGGGUGGAAAGCACCUACUGUUGCAGGAAAGCUGUAGUGGCAUGGGAGGAAGCCUAAAUGGCAUAGGUAGGAAAACAUUAGAGAUCUUGGAAUGGGCUUUUUAUUGACCCAUGUUAGAAAAAGAGAGGAGGGAAAGUGCUUAGAAGAUGGAUAAAACAUGGCAGCAGCUUCCUAGUCUUAACUGUACUGUUGAAUCUCACUUUAACGGCAUCCUUGUUCCUGUGAGAAGACUUCUGAGGCUUCUUGAAUGAAAACAGGCCCAAAGGAAGCUGCCCGUGCUUGCACCCUGAUAACACUAUUUGGUCUGAUGUAAUUUGGGGGCAGAGAAGGGAGAUGUUAGAAUCUCUAACAGCAAUCAGCAGAGGAAGGCCCAUAAACCAUUUUAUCCUUAGCAGGGCUGGGUGUGAUAAAACUCUUGUUUAGUUUGAUGCUUGGCAGGGUAGGCGGGCAGCUAGCCUGCCUACGUUAUACUAGCUACUUCUGAGGACCGGAUUUUAUUUCAGUCAAAUGGGAAGGCUUCACUUCUUCAUUUCAUGUUCAAUGUUCUUAAUAAAAAAAAAAUGCUUGUUCAGGC